AUGAAAUCAAACCGCUCGCCGUGCUUCCCGACCAGAUGGGGGUCGCCCUUCACAGACGUUCCGCUUCCGCUUUCGCACGGAACGGGCGCGGACGGAACAGGAGCGGGGGUAGCUUGGGGGAUCCCCCCGGGGGUAGUCGGGGCGGGGGUAGGCUCGUCGACAGGGCCGCCUUGGGGGGUUCCCCCGGGACCGGAAGUGGGGACGGGCUUGUGGAUAGGUGAUGGGGAGGGGAUAGGCGAUGGCAGGGGGGAGGGAGAUGGGGAGGGAAUGGCAGAGGGGGAGGGAAUUGGCGAUUGGCUGGGGAGAGGGGACGGGGAUGGUUGGGCGGAAGGAGAUGGGACAGGAGAUAAGGAAGGGGAGGGCAUAGGUGAUGGUGAGGGGAGAGCAGAUGCGGACGGAGAUGGGAGAGGAGAUGCUGAAGGAGAGGGGAUAGGCGAUGCGGAGGGAGAGGGCAUAGGCGAUGACGAAGGCAUUGCCGAUGGGGACGCCGACGGGACGGGCGACGGCGAGGCUGAGGGGAUAGGGAUUUCGGUUGGGGGCGAUGUCGAAGGCGCGGAAGUUGUGGGGGGUGAAGUGGUGGGAACGCCCUGGAUUUGCACGGUAGGGGACGGCGUUUUGGGGGGCUUGGUGACGGGAGGAAGAGUGACCGGGGCAGCCGUGACCGGAGGAAGAGUGACCGGGGCAGCGGUAACCGGGGGGUUAGUCGGGGUUAGUGUCGUGGUUGGCGUCGGGGUUAUUUCCUGGAUGACGGCCGGGGGGCCGGUAGACGAAACCGGCGCCUUUGGCGAUGCAGAUGGGCUGGGGACGGGGGCGGGAGAGGCGGAAGCAGAUGGAACCGGUGACGUCAUCAGCGAGGGGGAGGGGCGCGAGGAGGGGCUCGCUGACGGCAGGGGUGACGUCACGGGCGAGCUCGAGGGGGAGGGCAGCGCCGAGGGGAGGGGAGAGGCGGAGGGGGACGGCAGAGGUGACGGGAUUGCCGGCGACGCGGCCGGCGACGCGCUCGGCGACGCGACAGGGGAAGGUCUAGGCGAAGCUGACGGAGACGGGAUUGGUGACGGGACGGGAGACGCCCGGGGGGAGCUGGAAGGGGACGCAGUUGGUGACGCAACCGGAGAAGCGACCGGUGACGGGAUUGGUGAUGCAACGGGAGACGCCCGGGGGGAGCUAGAAGGUGACGGAACCGGUGAAGCGACCGGUGACGGAAGCGGCGACGGGAUCGGUGACGCUACGGGAGACGCCCGGGGGGAGCUGGAAGGUGACGGGAUCGGUGACGGGAUCGGUGAAGCUACGGGAGACGCCCGGGGCGAGCUAGAAGGUGACGGAAGGGGUGACGCUACCGGUGACGCAAUUGGUGACGCCCUGGGGGAGCUGGACGGUGAAGCAACCGGUGACGGGAUCGGUGAAGCGACCGGGGAAGCAACAGGAGACGCCCGGGGGGAGCUAGAAGCUGACGGAAGAGGUGACGCCAGGGGCGAGCCGGAAGGUGACGUCAUGGGCGAUGACCGGGGGGAGGGGGAGGGAGAGGGGACUGCCGGAGAGUUGGACGGUUGCGGCGACGGGGCGGCGGGAGACGGAGAAGGAACCGGGGAAGAGGCGGGGGAAGGAGACGGCUGGGGAACCGGGAACGGGGUCAAGGGCAUGUUGCAGUCGUUGGGGAUCCAGGUACAGACCGGGGCGAGGUACCGGCACGUGGCUGCAGGGGAACAUUAA